CCACGCGCCAUCGAGUGAGUCUCACGCGCAUCUCCCUUUGCCCUAAUCGCCCUCCGAUAAAGAUCUCUCGCCGCGACUCGUCUGUUUAACGAUUCGUUCCGUGUUGACUCAGUUACGAUCUUAAACGAUGGAUCCGAUGGAUAUAGUCGGCAAAUCCAAAGAAGACGCUUCUCUUCCUAAAGCUACGAUGACAAAGAUAAUAAAGGAGAUGUUACCACCAGAUGUUCGUGUUGCUAGAGAUGCUCAAGAUCUUCUUAUUGAGUGUUGUGUAGAGUUUAUAAAUCUUGUAUCUUCAGAAUCUAAUGAAGUUUGUAACAAAGAGGAUAGAAGAACGAUUGCUCCUGAGCAUGUUCUCAAGGCUUUACAGGUUCUGGGUUUUGGAGAAUAUAUAGAAGAAGUCUAUGCUGCUUAUGAGCAACAUAAGUAUGAAACCAUGCAGGACACGCAGAGGAGUGUGAAAUGCAACAGUGGAGCUCAAAUGACUGAGGAGGAAGCAGCAGCUGAGCAACAACGUAUGUUUGCGGAAGCACGUGCUAGAAUGAAUGGAGGUGUUCCGGUUCCUCAACCCGAACAUCCUGAAAUUGACCAUCCUGAAGCCGACCAGAGAAGUCUGCAAAGCUAAUUGGAGACCUUACGGCUUUCUUCCUAAAAAAUAAAUGAAAAGAGCAUCCUUUUAACGUUUCCCUUGUAAGUGCACGCAAAUGCAUAUGUUUAUAUGCUCUUAGUCUUUAGUAUAAUAUAAGUUAGUGUUUUUAUGAUCUGAAAACACUUGUGAUUCAGAUUUAGUUAGUAAGCAUUUCUUGUUUUGUGUUACUUCUAUCCUGAGUACAUAUGGUGGAUCCAAUUUAAUGAAGCUUACAAGAAAUGGAUAGUGUUUAGUGAUUUGGUGUAAUUGUACCAUUACUAUAAAAAAACCAAGAUUUGUAUACAUCGCAUGGAUCCUUG